AAAGGCAAACUGUGUGAAUUUGGCGCCAAAGGCAAAAAAUGAGAAUUGCAGAGAUAUCAUCAUCACCAUCACCUUCAACUCAACACCAACAAGAUUCCCAACUCCUUCUCUCUCAAAUCGAAUCUUCAAUCAAACACUUAGAACAGUUCUCUUCAACUCUCAACAACACUAACACUAACACUAACACCAUCUCCUCCAAUCUCCGUCAAUCCCUCACUCAGCUGAGUCAACUCGGUCCCUUCUCCUCCGAGUUCAACCUCCAUCUAUGGAAACUCAGUUACCGUCUCUGGAACUCCUGCGUCGACCUCUCCAACCUCAAUCCCAAACUCCGCUCCUCUUCUUCUUCUUCUUCUUCUGCUGCUUUGUCUCUCGACCUCGCCAAGCUCCGCCACAUCGCCGCCGAUAUCCUCUCCCUCGCCGGCAACGUCUCCGGAGUUCCUUCUCCGUCCAUCAAGUCCGCUUCCUUCUACUACAAAACCGGCCUCAUCUGGCAUGACCUUCGCCGCUUCGACCUCGCUUCCUCUUGCUUCGAGAAAGCCACCGAUCUUCUCUCUAACUCCAACGCCGCCGCCGCCAUCUCCGCCGACGAUGCAACGAAACUUCUCCUCGAUGUCAAUCUCGCCAGAUCUCGUACCGCCUGGGAACUCUCCGACCGAAACCUCGCCGUCGCUUUGCUUAGCCGCUCCAAGACCUUGCUUCUCUGCCCCGAUCACUACGGUUCGCUCGCUAACCAGUACUUAGCCUUAGGGUUAAGAAGGUUCGGUGAAGCAGAGAAGGAGCUCAGGGGCAUGGUGGUAAAUACCGGAAUUCCGGAGGGCGUUUGGUUGUCCGCGGUGGAAUCCUAUUUCGAUGCGGCGGGAGGGUCAGCCGGGGCCGAGACGGCCAAGGGGCUGUUCUUGGGGCUAAUGGGGCGGUGCCAUGUCAGCACCGGGGCGGCGGUGAGAGUAGCUCACAGGGUGGUUGGAGAUGGUGUUGAGAGUGAGGGGUCUAAAGUGAGGGCUAAAGUGGUGGCAGAGCUGGUCUCGGAUGACAGAGUUGUGGCGCUAUUUGCAGGCGAGGCGGUAGCUAAGGAGAGGAUGGCAAUGCACGCUGUGCUUUGGAAUUGCGCUGCUGACUUCUUUCGAUCAAAAGAUUAUGGGACAAGUGCAGAGAUGUUUGAAAAAUCAAUGCUUUAUAUUCCAUAUGAUAUUGAGAGUAAAAUUCUCCGAGCUAAGGGCUUUAGAGUUUUGUGUCUCUGUCACCUUGGUCUAUCUCAGCUUGAUCGAGCUCUAGAGUAUAUCAAUGAGGCUGAAAAGCUGGAGCCCAACAUAGCCUGUGCUUUCCUUAAGUUCAAGAUUUACCUGCAAAGGAAUGACCAUGAUGGUGCUAUUAGUCAAAUCCAAGCAAUGACAACCUGCCUCGAUUUUACAACAGACUUUAUCUCCCUCUCAGCUCAUGAAGCUGUUGCUUGCCGUGCUCUUCCUGUUGCUGUGGCUGCUCUAUCAAAUCUACUAAACUUCUAUACCCCAGGAAAAUCAAUGCCUACAACAGAAAUUGUAGUGCUACGUACCUUGGUUACAAUCCUUUCUCAACAGCCUGGCAAUGAGCUGGAAGUUGUGAAAUUUAUAAAAUGUGCUCAUAAUCAAGCAUCUGAACUUGGUUCAGAUAUCUUCUUUGGAAAAGGGGAGAUUGGAAGACGGGAACGGAAUUGGUUUGCUGUAACUUCAUGGAACUUAGGGACAAGAACUGGAAAGGAGGGUAACUACGAACUAUGUGCUGAAUUUUUUAGAUUAGCUUCAGAAAUAUAUUGUGUUCCGGUUGAUGGGCAAGCAGAAGAAAACAAUGUUAUGGUUUGCAAAUCGUUAAUACUGACCGUAUCUUCCAUGAUAGCUUCAGAGAAACAAAGAAAGGCUGCAUUGUCAGAAAGUGAAGUGAAUGAAGCUGUAAAACUGCUAGAUAAAGCAGGGAAGAUACUGAAGUCAAUCUCAACUGGGACUCGACUAAACGAUGAUCAAAUUACCACCCUUGAGCCUGAUCUCUUCUUCAUAUACACCUUCAGUGCCUAUGACAUAAAAGGAAGGCUAAGUGAUUUAGCAUCACAGCAACUCCUGGUGAAAAGUUUUGCCAGUUCAAAAGCUUGCAAUUCCAAACACCUCCUUCAGAUAGGCCUUACUGCCUCGCAGGCUCCACAGUCCAAUCAUGAAGUAGCUACCUUUGCUUUAAAUGAGUGCCUCUCAUCACUCCUUUCUUCUCCAUCUCCAGAUUUUCAAAAUGUGGCUCUUAUUCUGCGGAAGCUUAUUGCAGUAGCAAGUAUUCAUAAGGGUGAUACAGAUGAUGAUGCUGUGUAUGGCAUGUACAAGCAAGCUUACCAAAUAAUGGUGGGGUUGAAGGAAGGAGAGUAUCCUACUGAAGAGGGAAAAUGGCUUGCCAUGACAGCAUGGAAUCGGGCAGCACUGCCUGUGCGAUUGGGGCAGAUUGAAAUGGCCAAGAAAUGGAUGAAUAUUGGUAUGGAGCUCGCUAAGCGCAUUCCAGGAAUGGAGACUUACAAGGCAUGCAUGGAAGAUUUUGUUGAUUGCUUUCAAAAGAAAUGUAAUGUGCAGAAUAAUGGUGAAAAUAGGCCUCAGCUAGUGGAAUGAUGUAUACAUCUGUU